AUGCAUCCUGACGAAUCCCCUGGUAGGCAUUUGGUGCACAGCCAUGCUACUGAGGGCGAUGUGCCCGGUACCGUGAAUUUGAAGGCGGCCGAGGGCGAUGACACUGCCUAUGGGCAGGCCCUUUUCCCCGUCCCUGCGAAUGAUCCAAACGACCCUCUCCAAUGGCCCUCGUCCAAGAAGCUCGCCAUCCUAAUCACCUGCUCUCUAUACUCGUUUCUCUCGAACUCGGCGUUGCUUGGGCCUUCGGUCUAUCUAGGCAUAUAUGCUGAAGAGUUUGGCAUAACACCAAAUAAAGCCGCCGGUCUUAUCAACUAUCCUAACCUGGCUUUUGGUUUUGGGUCCCUUAUUUUGGUCCCACUCUAUCACAAGAUCGGGCGUCGACCCGUUAUGCUUCUCUCUCUCGUCUGCUACUGCGCUGGCCUCAUCGCGGCCUCCCAAGCCACGACCUACGCUGGGUUGAUGGCUGCUCGUGUUGUUCAUGCUUUAGGCUCCGGAGUCUGCGAAGCUUUACCCGUGCAGCUUGUCAAUGACAUUUUCUUCCUGCACGAACGCGGAACCCGCCUCGGCAUCUACACCGUGUGCCUUUGCUUAGGCUCAACAGGCCCGCUCUAUGCAGGCUAUAUGCUGGCGGGUGGUUACGAGUGGCGCCUAUUUUUCUACGUCGAAUUUGCCUUCGCCGCAGCCCUCUUGAUCUUCGCCUUCUUCGUGGUGGAGGAGACCACGUACCAUCGCAAAACUCCCCAGGAUUCGUCGUCCUCCGAUUCGCAAACAGGACAGAUGGUGGAAGACAAACCAGCCGCCAUCGUGACCGAGGAUGUUUCCGAAAUCCCUCCACGAAAGACUUUCAUCCAAACCCUCAAGUUCUGGGGCACAUGGGAGAAGGACUCGCCGUUUUUCGUCAUGAUGAUCCGCGCAUUUUCUUACUUCCUCAUCCCUCACGUCCUCUGGGUUGUAACAACCUACGGUAUCUACAUCGGCCUUGGUGCCCUAACCUUCAACUUCACCUUUCCUCUUAAGAUCACCGCUCCGCCCUACAACUGGUCUCAACUCAACUCUGGCCUCAUUACCAUCUCUACCGUCAUCGGUUAUGGGCUCGCCUUCCUCUUCACAUCUUCCUCUGAUCGCUUAGCCGCUCGCCUCACACGCCGCAACAACGGUAUCCGCGAAGCAGAGAUGCGACUGGGCGUAAUGCUCCCGGCCAUGCUUCUCGCUCCAGCGGGACUCAUCCUCUACGGCUUUAGUGCCCAACGCAACCUGCAUUGGAUCGGCUAUUUCAUCGGAGUGGCCAUGAAUCAGUUCGCCAGCUACUUCUACUUCACGUUUACUUUAGCCUACGCCAUCGACAGCUACAACUCCAACAUCAGUGAGAUGCUCAUCGCUAUGAACCUUGGUAAGCAGGCGAUUAGCUUCGGCAUGGGUAUCAACUUGUUGGAGUGGAUCUUGCAGCAUGGCUAUGUUGUUAUGAUAUCGGGCGUGUUUUGCGGGAUCGUGCUUGCAAAUAACUUGGCCGUGAUUCCAUUUAUGCUUUUUGGAAAGAGGAUUCGCAAAUUUAUGCACUCGACAUUCUUGGCCAGGAUGCACCGGGAAAGCAUUCGCGAGAUUGCCACGCACUAA